AGGGGGCAAUAGCCACGCUUCUGCCAGUUGCCAGUCAGACAUCAGAAGCCUUGGAGAUACACUAUCUCUAAACAUUCUCUAACGUUUGACCAGCAUAGGUAAAAACACGACGUUUACGUCAACGCCAUCGUUUGCUUCCAUCUCGUUGAAGCAAUAGCUUGUGCCAUCUUCUACUCGAAGAGCAAAGCACAUUCAUUGCCAACGCUAUAACCAGAAGAAGAAGAAGACAUCAUGCCACGAUCGCGCUAUCAGCCUAGGAGACAACAGGAUUUCGAAGCCCUGCGAGACGAGUGCCUGCAAAACGGCGUGCUAUUUGAGGACCCGGAUUUUCCAGCGUACGAUUCCUCCCUUUAUUUUACCAGGCACCAUCCGAAUCUCUCCAGGUACCAGUUUCAAUGGAUGAGGCCGCAGGACAUCUGCGACAACCCACUGUUCAUCAGCGAGGGUGUGAGUCGGUUUGACGUGGUACAGGGAGUUGUAGGUGACUGUUGGAUGCUGGCAGCUACAGCUGCUUUGACCACGCUACCAGGUCUGUUCAAGAGAGUGGUUCCUUCUGGACAAGGGUUCCAAGACAAUUAUGCUGGAAUUUUCCACUUCAAGUUCUGGCGGUACGGCGAGUGGAUUGACGUGGUUGUGGAUGACCGCAUCCCCAUGGUCAUGGACCCGGUCCAGGGUAGGCCGGCUUUCUUCUCACUGCACUCCGACCAACAGAACGAGUUCUGGAGCGCCCUGCUGGAGAAGGCUUACGCUAAGGUGCACGGUUCGUACGAAGCGCUAGAGGGCGGUCAUACCAGUGACGCUCUGGUGGACUUCACCGGCGGUGUGACGGAGACGUACAUGUUGGACCCUAACAAUGUCCCGCCAAAGUUUUACCAGAUUCUGAAGAAGGCGCACGACAGGGGGUCCCUGAUGGGGGUUAGCGGUAUCAAGGGCGGUACUGCAGGACUAGAGGCUGUACAAUCUAACGGCCUUGUGCAGCAACACGCCUACAGUGUUACUGGGUUCGCCACGGUUAACGAAGCACAAAUCGUCCGGGUGCGGAACCCCUGGGGCAAGAUUGAAUGGAAGGGGCCAUGGAGCGACGAAUCACCCCAAUGGGAAGGCGUAACCGAGGAGAGAAAGGAAGAACUGGGCGUGGUCAAAAGGGACGACGGCGAAUUCUGGAUGUCCUUCCAAGAUUUCCUGGACAUCUGGAAGACGCUUGAGAUCUGUCACCUGGAGCCGUCUGUAGGGGAGGUGGAGCCCGAGCUGGUCGGGUGUAAGAAGUGGAACUCCACGGAGCGCCACGGGAAGUGGCAGCGGGGCAUGACAGCUGGAGGGUGCGCCAACUACAGAACCAGUACGUUCUGCAGCAAUCCCCAGUACAUUGUGCAAGUCGAGGACCCGGAUGACGAAGAUGAUGACGACACCUGUACCGUUGUCUUCAGCCUCAUUCAAAAGGACCGCCGCAAACAGAAGCAUCUCGGGAAGGCUAACCUGGCAGUGGGCUUCUACAUCUAUGAAACGGCCCCGAACCAGAAGAAGCUGAAGAAGAGAGACGUAUGCACACGCCGCCCAGCUGCCACCAGUGGGUCCUACAUCAACCUGCGAGAGGUGACCAAACGUGUCAAACUCCCUCCCGGAAACUACAUCGUCAUGCCCUCCACCUUCAAACCGAACGAGGAAGCCGAUUUCUUGUUGAGGAUCUACACAGAGAAGCCAAGCACGACAGAAGACCAGGACGACUUCUUCGUAGAUCGAAUCCUUCAGGAGACGCAUCACACGGAUGCGGAACCUGAACAAGUCAUCAGGAGAGAACAAACAGUUGAAGUAAAAAAGCCGGAGGAGGUUGAGGGAGAGGAAGAAAAAGAAAAAGAAGGGGAGGAAGAAAAGCCUACUCCAACUCUGGUCGGAGAGAAAGAGGACAGAGUCCGCAAGGCGUUUGAGGUCAUCGCAAGCAUGGGCGGAGACGAGGAGUUGGAGCCGGCGGUCGAUACUUAUGAACUGAAGAGCGUCAUUGAUGUGUACUUCAAGGAUCCCAGCUUCACGCUUGAUGUUUGCAGGGACAUGGUCAUGAUGUACGACGCGGACGGCUCGGGGAAGAUUGAGUACAGCGAGUUCAAAGAGCUUUGGAACGACAUCUGUGGUUGGAUGGCUACAUUCAACAAGAGCGACGCUAACAAGAACGGCAAGCUGGAGUCGUACGAGCUGAGAGAGGCGCUGCGAGAUGUUUGUGGUGUAACUAUAGACGGCCAACUUGCCGCAAAGAUCAUCCGUCGCUAUGCCGACCAGGACAACACUAUUUCAGCGGCAAGCUUCUGGAGGAUAGCCAUCAGGCUCAAGGCCUUCUUCGAUUCUCCGGCUCUAGCUGGAAUGAAAGGCCGGCCGGUGCAUGCAGUAUCCAAUAAAACCACACUUAAGAGUGUCGCCCUUUUAAAGGAGGAGGUACAUAUUCUUCUGGGAAUGUUUCUGUAAAAGAAGACAUCCUCCUCCAGCUCAUAGCAAGACUUCAUACCUCAAGACAGAUACAAGACGUUUACAACAACGUCUCUAAGUGGCCAUGUCUACGCGGCAGUGUACUCAACACCGGUGAUGACUACGAAAAUAAACAUGUUCAAGGUUCAAACUACGCAUGUGCAGCGACAGGAAUUGUGGGAAUAUGUCAAAGCUGAAAGCCCAUGAGACAUAAAAAAACUAUUUUUUUUUUUUGCAAAUGAAGACAAUGGUGGAGACGAGAACAGUUUUCAAGUCUGGAUCUUUAACCUUUUUAUAUAACCAUAUAACCCACAAUUUCUGUCCCUACACAUGCGUACUCGGUACCGUGAACGUGCUUAUUGAAGAAGGUUUUAUGUACGUCAUCAUCAAUAUGGUGGCGUAGCUUUCUGGAAUGUGGGCUGCUGUUCAGCCAAUCAAACAAGUCAAUAUAUUGAUAAGGAGUUUAAUAGUUCAAACUACGUAUGAGCAGCAAAAUGCACUGUGGUUAAUGUGUCAAAGGUGAAUGCCCCAGGCUUGUAAACAGUUCUUGUCAUUGUCAAUUGCUUUCUACAUGUCCCGACUCCGUCGGUCGGUUUACAAUACAUUGACAAUGUCCAGACAUGUAAUUGUAGGGGUCUUUGCCUUCGAUACAUUUACCCAAAAUGCUUUUCGCUGCGCAAGCGCAGUUGAAGCUGUGAGCAUCCCUAUUCUGACAGGACACUGUUGUUCGUAGUUUGAGAUAAUGUCAAAUCUCUCUUACUCUUCUAUGGUGCUGAUUCUACUCUUUACUAUAUAUAUCACCUAACGUAUAUAUUACGUUGUACUUAGUAUAGUCUAUUCAAUAAGAAUAUCAUGUGGUUAUAUUCUGACAACAACAUUUAAGUAUUGACGUCUUGAACACUAUACUAGCUGGUUGACACUUCUAUAUGUGCUUCAUUGGCUAAGAUAUAUAGACUCAAUUAUCUCGUUAUCAUCAUAUUCGUUUCGUUAUUGAUACAUAUAAUAUCACGUAUGAUACAAUAGCACUGUGAGUUUAGGAUGAUAUUGCUACUUGUCAGUUUUGAUUCUGCUAUUGAUAUAUCUAACUAAUCUUACAUCCUGUGCUUGGCUUUGCUAAACUGUGAACAUAGCAUUGAAGGCAUAUGUUAGGUAGAGAUUACUAGCUGGCAGAAUUCCUUAGUCUGCUGGUAUAGAUCCCGAGUCUUCGCGGUAGAGAUCCCGAGUCUUCCGGUAUAACUUCCGAGUCUUCCGGUAGAGAUCCCGAGUCUUCCGGUAGAGAUCCCGAGUCUUCCGGUAGAGAUCCCGAGUCUUCCGGUAGAGAUCCCGAGUCUUCCGGUAGAGAUCCCGAGUCUUCUGGUAGAGAUCCCAAGUCUUCUGAUAGAGAUCCCGAGUCUUCCGGUAGAACUCCCGAGUCUUCCGGUAGAGAUCCCGAAUCUUCCGGUAGAGAUCCCGAGUCUUCCGGUAUAGACCCCGAGUCUUCCAGUAGAGAUCCCAAGUCUUCUGGUAUAUAUCCCGAGUCUUUCGGUAUAGAUCCCGAGUCUUCCGGUAGAACUCCCGAGUCUUCCGGUAGAGAUCCCAAGUCUACCAGUAGAGAUCCCGAGUCUUCCGGUGGAGAUCCCAAGUCUUCCGGUAGAGAUCCUUAUUCUCCCGGUAAAGAUCCGGAGUCUACCGGUAGAGAUCCCGACCGAUCUCUGUAGACAAUAACUACGAUCAGGGUAGUAAAUUUGUGAUCUAAAAUGACACGAAUCGAGGUUGAAAAGUUAUCUCUUUUAAGGGAAUGUCUUUAAAUCUACAGACUCUGAUCAGGAUCUCUACUGAGAAAACCGGUGUUUUUUUUAAAGAUCGUAGUCUUUAACGUUACCCUGAUAUGAGAUAUAUAUACAUGAUAAUACAUAGGUCUGUCGUCGACUUCUGCCAAAGAUAAUCCUCACGAACUGUUAGUUUUUGUACUGAAAAAUAUGUAUACCGAACCAGGAAUUAAAAGUUAUAAGUAUAUAACCCACUCAACUUUUGUACUACUUACUUAUUUGAAAUAAAAUAUACUCAAGUUUCUUAUA